GUUCCCCGCCGGUGGGCAAGGGUCGGGCGGCCUCGCGGCUGCGCCCCGGUAUUUCCCGUCCGCCGGCCCGUUUCGCGCAGGCGCGCGCGGCGGCUACGAGUUGGCGCGUCGCGCAGGCGGCGGCGGCAUGGGGCUGAGCCGGGUGCGGGCUGUCUUCUUCGACUUGGACAACACGCUCAUCGACACGGCCGGGGCGAGUCGGAAGGGCAUGUUGGAGGUGAUAAAGCUCUUACAAUCAAAAUACCAUUACAAAGAAGAGGCUGAAAUCAUCUGUAACAAAGUUCAAGUUAAGCUCAGCAAGGAAUGUUUUCAUCCUUCUAAAAGCUGCAUUACUGACCUCAGGACUUCACACUGGGAAGAAGCAAUCCAGGAAACAAAAGGUGGUGUGGCCAAUAGGAAAUUAGCUGAAGAAUGUUAUUUCCUGUGGAAAUCUACACGUUUACAGCAUAUGACACUAGCAGAAGAUGUCAAAGCCAUGCUCACUGAACUUCGAAAGGAGGUCCGCCUACUUUUAUUAACAAAUGGAGAACAACAGACCCAGAGGGAGAAGAUCAAGGCUUGUGCCUGUCAGUCCUAUUUUGACGCUAUUGUUGUAGGUGGAGAGCAGAAAGAGGAGAAACCGGCACCUUCCAUAUUUUAUUACUCCUGUGAUCUCCUUGGAGUACAGCCUGGGGACUGUGUGAUGGUUGGUGACACACUAGAAACUGAUAUACAAGGAGGCCUCAAUGCAGGGCUGAAGGCAACAGUCUGGAUAAAUAAAAAUGGAAUGGUGCCGUUGAAGUCAUCCCCCAGGCCGCAUUAUAUAGUUUCUUCUGUGCUAGAAUUACCUGCUCUCUUACAAAGUAUAGACUGCAAAGUCAGUGUGUCUGCUUAAAGCACAGAAAAGGGUAUGCUUACGAAUUUUAGGGUCAAAUUACAGGGUUUGAACUAAGAAAAGUUAAGCCAUUCUAUAUACUAUUACCUAGUUCUAAGGAUAAUUAUACUUGUCAUGUAAUGGCCAACCAACCAUUGACUGGUAUUUAUAUCUGAAAAUCCAGAGUACCUUAUUAUAAGUUAUUUUUAGUAGGGUAACCCAGAAAACUUGAGGAAGUAUAUUUGUUAAUCUGUGGCUUGAGAUUUUUUUAAAAAAUUACUUUGUUAAUCUCUUAGCAUCUUGGAUCUAUGAAGAUACCAAGGAGGAUAACUUAUACAUGGGUGCACAAAUACAGAUUUUAUGUUUUGGCUUAAAAAUAGGUAUUUUUUUUAAAAUAGUUAUUCUAAAACAUAUAUACUAGAGAUUUAUUAGAGCAGUUGGAUCUGGUUAAUAUAAGUACCAACUUGCAAGUCAAGGCAUUUCACAGUUAAAUUAUUUUCAUAUUUUCUGUUUCAAAAACAUGCACCAUAUUUUUGCCUACUUUGUACGUAUACUUCUCUUAUGAAUCUAAUUUUUCUGCAUUACCUUUGGGGUGGGGGGGGAUAAUUUUCCUAUGGUGUGUACAUGACCAAUAAAUUCCUCCAGUAAAAAAGCUGUUAAAAUCAGCACAUGGUGCUCCUUUUCCGUUACAUUUUCACAUCUUUCCAGGGUGAGCUUAUAGGUUCCUGUUAGUCUUUACCUCUUAUGGAAGUACUUUUACUAUCUUUUCCCAGGUACGCAGUGAGGUUGAGGGACCAGUCUGUCUUGCUGUGGAUGAGUGCAAGCCACAUGGCCCCAGAAGUCACUUUCCUGGAAGUUGCCUUGGUGUGGCCUAAUCAUGCUGCCCGCAUCUGUUGUCUGCUGACUGGAUAGUUUCACCCAUAUAAUGAAAACUAGUAGAAAAUUAGGUUUUGCUAUGAACCAUUUCCAGAGUGCCAUUUUAAUACUUGACUGGCUCUUUUUGGUGUCACCGUCUGCCUUAAGUCUCCUGUUUUUCAAAUUUUGGGAACUAUGUCAUUGUUUCACAGAUUUCUGUAUCCAUUUCAGAGUUUGCUUUGAGCUUAGUAAUUAAAACUCCAUAGGGAGGCAUCUUGCAACUAGAAAAAUGUCUCAAGACCAUUAGGCUAGAAAGUCUCAUGAUUUCACCAGCCAAACUUAGAGUAAAAUGGUUAAUUAAGGAAAAAAGAAAUAAUGAUUAGGGUUGUUUUUUGGUAGGGUGUUUUUUUUUUAACUUUUGUAUAGGAAACUACUAGUGUAAGAUGUUCGGUAGUUGGGGUAUAUUUAGCUAGGGCUCCUUCAAGUAUUCUGUGAAGAACAGGAUCCUCUGCCAUUGUGCAUGUGUCUGUUGCGCUUCUCACUCUUAAUUUUUAAAAAUGUGAUUGUGCCCUUGACUGUUCGCUCUGAAGCUGAACGUUUGUGGACAGGGAAUGUUUGUGUAUAGCUCUUCCAGGUACGGUGUCCAUGUGACCUCAAUUAUAAUUGUAGCUAUUUGAAAAUUGUUAAGUUGGAGGAUGUUGACAGGAAAAUAGUUGUGUGCAUGAUUUCUCCAGUGGGCUGAGUGUGGUGCUGAGAGCUUGUCCUUUCAGCUCACCCACAGGAUGGGUCUAGACAUGGCACGUUCACUGUGCUCACUGAGAAGGCUCAUUGCUCCCAGAUCACGGCAGCAGACCUCCUAGGAUGUUAUAUGAGCAGUUCGUCAGCAAAAGUGAUGUGGUGGGGAAUGAAAUAAUUGAGUUUUUUGUAAUGUAAUAUUACAUUCCAUUUGCACUUUUCCUUAGGGAAGAACUUUGUGGUUUUCUGCCUUCUGAGUGGAAUGUUACAGAAGAUAUUAAGAAAUCUUGGAAUAGACCUAUUUUAUUAAUAAUAUUUUUGUUUUAGAAUAAUAUUUUGUUUUUCAUAGUUUCCCAUACUCCUAGAAAGCCAUAAAUUCUCAAUUGUCCAGAGGCUCUCCCAAACACUCAUUACAGAGGAAGGCCUAGAGUAGACACGAGUGGAUGCUGCCCCUGGAACACUGACACAAUGAUGGAUGUUUUCUGGUUCCAUACACAUGUCCACCCACUGGUUCAUGAACAUCUUAGAUAUGGUGGUGCCCAGGACCCAGCAAGUGUGAAUAUUGUAGGAAAGACAGUUUUCUUAGUUACAGAGGUACUCGGUUUAGCACUUUCAGAUUUCUUUGCAACCCACAAUAGGAAACAUUUUCUGUCACAACCCAUUAAACACAUUUAUAGUGAACAUUUAGUUAAUAUCAGCGUGUGUAUAUUAAAUAUAUAUUUAACAAACAAAACUACUUCCUUGCUAUGCAUGAUGCUCAGGUUGUUUUCAUUCCAUCAUUUUUUAAAUUGGGGAAUAUAUUUUUUUCAUUUUUGAACAAGUACUUGUGGUACUUGUACAAGUAUUUGUGGUACACAAGUCAAAGAAUGAAAACGUGAAUAGCAAAAAGUCCGUCUCAUCUCUUUUCCAGCAACCCGCCUGCCCUAAAGGCCUCUGCUGUCAGCAGUUCCUGUGUAUCUGCAUAUAUAGGUAGGUAUGAGUAUAUAGAAUUCCUUUGAUUCAGGCAGGUUUUUAUUCCUGCUUUUCAGUUUUAGGAGGCAAUGAUCUUGCUAAGAAACUGAUUUAAAAAGUUAUGAAGCUUCUGUGAGUCGUUCAUGUUAGGAGCAUACAUCUUUGAUCUCAGCCAUCCACUGUUGUUGAUAAAGGUGAUGGUUCCAUUGGCUUUCACUGGGCCAGUUGUUCACUUUGAGGUCAGUACAGCUGUGAAGCCCUUGCUUCUGCCCCAGUCUAAUUGCCCUCUUCUGGUACAUAUCACCAUCCUGGAGUUUCCCUUUGCCUCUUAGGUUGGAUGUCCUGUGCCCUGUGUAUUCCCUUUUUUGAUUUGUUCCCCCUUUGGUGGCAUGCAUCCUGAGUAGUUUCCCUAUAAAUGUGAGAGAUAAAAAUAUUCAGAUCUUAAGUGUCUGAAAAUGCCUUUAUUCUCUUCUCCCAUCAUUGAUAGUUUAACAGCAUGUAGUUGGAUGUCAUUCAGAAUUUCAAAGGCAUUGCUCUGUGGUCUAGCAGCCAUUUUAAGUGACAAUUUUCUUUUUCUCUUGAAGCUCUUAGAACUUUGGUUUUUCCCCUGUGGUCCAUAAUGAUGUAUCUUGUUAUGCUUUCAUCCUCUACUCUUGGCACUCUUGAACCUUUCCAAACAAAACCUUAUGUCCUGGAAAAAUGUAAUUACUUAAUUGAUAAUUGCUUCACCACUGUGUUUCCGGCUUCCUUUUUCUGGAACUCCUACUAUUUGGAUGUUGGACCUCCUCUACUGACCUUCCACUUUCUUUUCUUUUCUCUCCUAUUUUUCCAUCUCUUAUUUUGUUCUAUAAUGCUUUUUGGAAGGUUUCUUCAACUUUACCUUUCAAUCCUAUUGAAUUUUCUUUCCUGCCUGGCAUCAUGUAUUUCAAUAUCCAAGUUUCUUCGAUUUUCUAAGUGUUCCUUCCCUUUUUAAAAAAAAAUUUUUUUUCGGUACACGGGCCUCUCACUGUUGUGGCCUCUCCCGUUGCGGAGCACAGGCUCCGGACGCGCAGGCUCAGCGGCCAUGGCUCACGGGCCCAGCCGCUCCGCGGCAUGUGGGAUCUUCCCAGACCGGAACACGAACCGUGUCCGCUGCGUCGGCAGGCGGACUCUCAACCACUGCGCCACCAGGGAUGCCCUAAAGAAUUUUAUUGGAGUAUAGUUGAUUUACAUAAAUGUUCCUUCUUAAUGGUUUUUUUUUGGCUGUGUUGGGUCUUCGUUGCAUGCGGGCUUUCUCUAGUUGUGGCGAGAGGGGGAUACUCUUUGUUGCAGUGCGCAGGCUUCUCAUUGCGGCAGCUUCUUGUUGCGGAGCACGGGCUGUAGGCGUGAGGGCUUCAGUAGUUGCAGCACGUGGGCUCAGUAGCUGUGGCAUGCGGACCCUGAUUAACAUUCAUUUUUGUUUUGAGUGGAAUAUUACCUCUCAAAUUUUUUUCAAGUUUUUGAAGAAUCCACGGAAUCCACUGUAUCUUCCAUGUUGCUCUGAUCUGUUUAUUUGGGUCUAUUUGUUCACCUUAGAGGCUUUCCUUAAAUGCCCAGUGAACCACACGAGAAAGGAUGGAAAUGCUGAUUGGAAGCUCUGCAAGAGUGGCUGGGUCUUGUAAACUCAGAGGUUCCUUUUCUAUAGGGUAUCUGGGUAGGCAGUUAUAUGAAGAACCCCUGGGGUCAGUGUCUGAAGGUCUUUCCUCUUGGUCUAGCUCCCUAGCGAAGAAUCUCUGACUCCUGACUGAGGGUAGAGGUCUGAUGUCAGCACCUGGGGGCUGAGUGGGAAGGAGGUGUGUGGUGGGGGGAGAGGCAUGUGGUCACUUAAUCCCUGUUCCUCUUGUACCUGAGCUCAGUUGUGUGUGCUCUCUCCCGGUCUAGAGACCCUCUGUUUUACUCUUUCCAUAGAAACAUUGUGACUUCUGCUGAAUGAGGACUUCAGGUUGGAGGGGGCAGGGGUCUAGGGAUCUAUUUGUAUUUGCAUGUUUUCUUUCUUUUUCUUUUUUCUUUUGGCCACGCCAUGCGGCUUUCGGGAUCUUAGUUCCCCAACCAGGGAUCGAACCUGAGGCCCCGGCAGUGAGAGCACCGAGUCCUAACUGCUGGACCGCCAGGGAAUUCCCUCCGUUUGUAUUUGGAACACCUUUUACCCCAUCCUCCUUAACUCCUUCUUCAUGACUGAGGCAUCUGGUGGUAUCAGUGCCUGAAUCUUUGGAGGAGUCACUGUGCACCUCAUGAUUUCUCAGCGUUUAGAAAAGCUGGUCUAGACUCAGCUUUCUUGAAUCUACUAACUCCUUUGCCACUCGUCCAUAUGCUUUCUGGCUUCCACAGUUUUGUUGUCAGUGCCUGUUUUCCUGGUGUGUGUGUUUAAAUUCCUUUAUGAUAGUUUCCAUUGGGUUUGGGGUAGAAGCAGUAUUAGCUGGGUACUUCCUUCUUUUGCCUUUAUUGUGGAAGCUGUUCUCUUCUAGUCUGUGUUCAAUGUAGGUCAAGUGCCUGUGCCUCAUAGUCACUACCCACAGCUUGAGAAAGGCUGCUCAUUUGAAGUGGAGAUUUACAGCAUGCCCACAGCUUUUUUGUUUAAAUUAUAUAUGCAGCUUAUUUCUUAAGAUCUUUUCCCCAACUUCCUUAUUCUCUGUAUUCUUGUAUACAGCAUUCCUUCUCUGACUUUCAUCAUCAUGGUGGGUCUCCUUAUGUUCUGUGUUUCUGAAUUUUCAACAUUACUUGUACAUAGAUAUUUAUUUUGUUUGGCAACUCUGUUCCUAUGAUCACUUCUAAGACAUAAACUCAGAUUUCUUUAUAAUAAAAUCCUUUUGAGUGCAGUACAUUCAAUUUAUACUUUUACAAUGAAGUUUAACAGUAUAGGGGAUUCCCUGGCGGUCCAGUGGUUAGGGCUUGGUGCUUUCACCGCUGGGGCCUGGGUUCAAUCCCUGGUCAGGGAACAAAGAUCCUGCAAGCCUCACAAUGUGGCCAAAAAAAAAAGUACAGAAAAGUCACAUGACCUUGAUGGGUCAAAGCAUACUUUUUUAAGCAGUCUUCACAUAUGUGACAUUGACAAUACAGUUAUUUCCAUGGAUUUCUUGGAAGAUGUUAUGAUUUUUUUUUUCUGGGUAUCAGCCUGACCUAUGGAAAAGAUCCUCAACCCAGGCUUUUUUAAAGUGACAGAUGAUAAAUGACUUAAUUUACUGAAACGGGAAUGAAGAGCGACUGCAUUAUGGUUACAGAGUUUCUGGGGUGAUGAAAAUUUUCUAGAACUAGAUAGUGGUGAUGGUUUCACAGCAUUGUGAAUGUACUAACGCCCCUAAAUUGUACAAUUUUAAAUGAUUUAAAAGUUAAAUUUUAUGACGGUUUAUUUGUUGGUUUAUAUCACCCAUAUUAUACUUGCUGAGUUCCUAAUAAUUAGAGAUGUGUGUUUAAUCUUUUUGUACAUCUCCCAAGUUUGAAAUCUGUGCUUGAAAACAUAAUAAAGUAAAUAAAAUAAUAGUUGGCAAAAUA